AUUGCCAAGAAGCUAAAUGUCAGUCCUUAUACUGUUUCAAGAGUGCUCAAACACUACAAAGAAACUGACUCGUAUGAGAGCGUAAAAAAUUCAGGAAGGCCAAAAAAGUUGGAUGCAAGAGAUGAAAGAGAGAUCUUACGUGAGAUCUCAAAGGAUCCAAAACAGCCAAUGUCAGUCAUCAGAAGAUCCGUUACCACUCCUACAUCAGCAAACACAUUCAGGCGGGUUCUUCGCAGCCAUGGUAUAUACUCACGUAAAUCAAUAGAA